AUGUAUAGGAUUGGAGUGCUGCAAGUUGAGAAGUCCACCCGCGGAGCUUUGCCAAUACCCUCUUCCACCAUCAUAGUCAAGGAAGAUUUAGUUGUGGGUUUUGAAGAUGAAACGACAACGAUAAUGGAGCUGCUUAUAGAAGAGCAUGAAAUUCAGCUAAAAGUUAUACCAAUCAUCAGGAUGCCUGGACUCGGUAAGACCACUCUAGCCAUAAAAGUGUACAACAAUCCUUUCAUUGAAUACCAGUCCCAUUUUCGUGCAUGGACCCAAAUAUCCAGCUUAAAGGUGAAACCGAAAAACAUGAGCGAUGAAGAGUUGGGUGAAGGAUUGUACAAAAGCUUGAAAGGUAAGAAGUAUCUCAUCAUCAUGGAUGAUAUAUGGGAGUUAAGGGCCUGGAAUGAUAUCAAAAGACACUUUCCAAAUGACAACAUUGGAAGCAGAAUUAUAUUCACUAGUCGGCAUGUAGAUGUAGCUUUAGCUUUGUCCGCUAAACCUCACCAUUUGCGGUUUCUAAAUUUUGAUGAAAGUUGGGAUCUAUUACGGCAGAAGGUAUUUGAAGGAGGUAGUUGCCCACAACUCUUAAUUGAAAUUGGAAAGAAAAUUGCCAAAAAAUGUCAAGGACUACCACUUGCAAUUGUUGUAAUAGCUGGACUGCUGGCAAAGAAAGAUAAGACACAAGACUGGUGGAGGCAUGUUGCUGAAAGUGUAAGUUCAUAUAUCGUUACCGAACGAGAGCAAUUCAUGGGCACACUAGCACUAAGUUACAACCACUUGCCUUAUCACUUGAAGCCAUGUUUCCUAUAUUUUGGAGCAUUCCCUGAAAAAUAUGAAAUUCCAGUUUGGAAAUUGAUCUGGUUGUGGAUUGCCGAAGGAUUUAUAAUGCGAAAUCAGCAGAAAAGCUUAGAAGAUGUUGCGGAGGAUUACAUGAUGGAUCUAAUUGAUAGAAGUCUAGUGGUGGUUUCCAAGAAAAGGGCUAAUGGUCGAAUUAAAGCAUGUCGUGUCCAUGAUCUCUUGCGUGAUUUAUGUUUGAGAAAAGCUCAAGAAGAGAAUUUUAUGCAAAUUCCGAGGUAUGGAUCAACAUAUUCUUCUUUUUCAAGUCCUAAGGCAAAAAAGCAGCGUCGCAUUUGCAUCGGUACUCAAAUUGAAUUUUCUACCAUUCUCACACUCCUUAAUGGAUGUGGUUAUUUAAAGCAAGUUGGUCCAGAGGUCUGCUCUUUCUCUUCAACUGCAGAUUUAUCUCUAGCUUCUCUUUUAUCGUUUUGUAGAGCCUUCAAACUUCUUAGGGUGGUAAAUAUAUCAACCGUCAAAUUUUCCUCAUUCCCUGAAGAACUACAACUAUUAGUUCACUUGAGGUAUCUAUCAUUUCACGUUGACAAAGAACACUUUCGACCAUCAAUGUCAAACCUCUGGAAGCUAGAAACCUUAAUUGUUGGAGGAGGACCGAUAGGUUGUGUAUCUUUCUCGCAUGAUAUCUGGAAGAUGGUGAAAUUGAGGCAUCUGUAUACAAAGCGGCUUAUUCAAAUCACUCAUGUGCCCGUUGAUGACUAUCCCUUCGUGUUGGAUGACCUUCAGAGCGUAGGAAAUUUAGGUCUUCGUGGUGUAGAUGAGCGAGUCUUACGACGGAUUCCCAAGCUUAGAAACUAA